UCACUGGAAACCAGUUUACGGAUCCUUCCUAGACAUGACGGUUAUCAGUCCUAUGCACUUUACACACUCAACACCUGGACGUGGCCUACAUGAUGCCGCCUGCUUUGCGCCCACCUUGCAGAUCUUCACACUCAGACUCGCGGGAAUAAAAGGUGGCCUCGAAUGGCCACUGUCUGUGUACGGCGUGGUUGCUGCACGAGACGAAGUUGAUCACAAUCGUAACCUUCUCUUCUCUUGCAAUAGAAGCGAGUCUCAAAAACUCGAUCAAGAUGAUCCUUUUUUCCGCUUGGUUGGCCCAUCUCGUGCCAUUUUAUUCACGGAUCAUGUUAAAUUUGAAGUCCAACUACGAGUAAAAGGUACGACAGUGUCUCAAGAUAGAGCAUUGAUCAGUGCUUUCUACCACUACACCGGAGGGUAUUAUCCAGGUGUGUCUACCAUUUGCUUUGAGAACUGCUUCUGCACAACAGAGUUAUGCAUGGAGCGAAUUGAACAAACUGUCCAGGCCACUGUCUUGAGUGUCCGUGUCAAAAAUGGGCCAUGGCCUUUCGAAUAUGGCGGUGAAGUGGCUUGCUUCUCACCGUCGUAUAAUACUGCUCCAUCGUCUAUGAAUGUUGUGCUGCUUGCUUCUCGUGGUAGACCAAUGCCCAAGGGUUCAGAUGGUUACCUCCAUCUAUCAAGAAAUGUUGUGUCUGUCGAAGUGAAAGGAAGCCUAACAUUUUUCAUACGUGCCUACUCUCAGUCUGGUGAGAUUGCAGCACAAGGUCAGGUUCGCUUCAUGCCCAAAGAUUGCAAUAUAAGCAGUAUGGCAUGUUCCUUUGGCGAUCCUAAGGUGGAGGUGGAGAUAUUUGUUGCUUGGUCCGCUCUUGUUUCCGAUAAGAGUCAGAUUGCGGCAGAAGGGGGGGUGUUUGAAAUUUUUAAAGAACAAGGAUGGAUGUUUGAAGAUUCUAAAAAUGUAAUGUGAACUCACUGUGUUGGGAUCUUGAAUGUUGAAGAUGAUGGCGUGACAAACCUUGAACGAUUUAGCUAUAUUGUAUAUUCUGGCAACUAUCUGUGCAUGUACUAUGACCUGUAUGUUAAGCAUCUUUCUGGGAUUGUGUAUGGUUGAUCAUCCGUUU